UUUCUCUCUGUUCCUUUCUGGGUCAUAUAUAUAUAUAUAUAUAUAUAGCACUAGCACCCUACAGUAAAUUAGUAUCCUCCUUCAAUGGCUUCCCUAAUUUCUCUACCCAAACUCUCUUUCUUUCUUUUACUCAUCAUAACUUUAGCAUUUUUCUCUUCUCCUUCAGCUGCCCAAACUAAAUGUAAUAUCAAAUCCGUUUACCAAUUCGGCGACUCACUUGCCGAUGCCGGUAAUGUCAUCCGUACACCUGGUGCUAACAUCAUAUUCCGUGCCAACAGAGCUCCUUACGGCCAGACAUUUUUUAAGAGACCUACUGGCCGCUUCUCCGACGGCCGUAUCAUUAUCGACUACAUUUCCUCUGCUCUUAAACUCUCUUUCCUUAAUGCUUACUUGGACAGUAGUAAUACUUUUAGUCAAGGCGUCAAUUUCGCCGUCGCCGGUGCCACAACGUUGAAUUCCUCUUUCUGGGCUGCCCGGAAUGUCAGGUUACCCGCCUGGAAUACGCCGCUUGCGGCUCAACUAGGUUGGUUCAAAUCACACCUGCAGUCUACCUGUGGUUCCAAUUGUGCACAAACUCUCAGUAACUCUUUAGUAGUAAUGGGGGAAUGGGGUGGCAAUGACUACUAUAAUAAUUUUUUCCAAAGAAAACAAUUACCUGAGGUACGGACUUACGUUCCUUUUGUUGUUGCGGGCAUUAUGAGAGGCAUUAAAGAUGUGAUUCAGCUUGGGGCAACUCGUAUUUUGGUACCAGGAUUUUUUCCGUUGGGUUGUCUUCCUCUAUACCUUACAACUUUUCCUGAUACUAAUGCCAAUGCUUAUGACCAAUUAGGUUGCUUGAGAAAUUAUAAUGAUUUUGCUUCAUACCAUCACAGAUACCUAAACAGAGGUUUGGAUAAUUUACGACGCGAAUUUCCUAGUGUUAAAAUCGUUUAUGGGGAUUAUAAUGGGGCGUUUUUGACUCUUCUUCAAAGUGCUUCUUCCUUUGGAUUUAAUCAAAACACAUUGCUAACUGCUUGCUGUGGAACUGGUGGAAGAUACAAUUUUAAUUUCAGUAAUGUGUGUGGAUCAGCUAGUGUAACAGCUUGUUCUAACCCGGCUCAAUACGUGCACUGGGAUGGCAUUCAUUUGACAGAUGAAGCUCAUCGUCGUAUUACAGACAUUAUCGUCAAGGACAUGCUUUCAAGAUUAGGGUGUACUGUUUAGUUUAUGACUUAAUUUCAAGAUUCUCUUAGGGGUGCUUUUUCUUGUUUGGUAAUAAAGAGUUUCAACAUUCUUCUUCAUGAAGAGGUGAAAUAGAGUAUAAGUUAAAGAAUGAUUGUUGUUGUUUGCAAAUAAAUAGUUAGAGCCAAUGUUCUUAUUACGAACUUCUGUUCUUGGAGGGUGAAGCUGGGUGGUUUAAACAUCAGGGUGUCCUUUCUGAGGAAUGAAUGAUUCAAUAUCAAACACUACUUGCAGCUGU